AUGUGCAUGUUGGCUCGGCUUCCCGAGGGUAUUGACAAGGCUGGUGCAGUUAUGCAGCCCAAAGCAGGACCUCGCAUUCCGCCUUCAAACGAGCACGUGGAAAGCAAUUUAGUAAAACGACCUUUUUAUAAUGUUAUGGGAGCUCGCUUACGCUACCGAUACGAGGAGUGGCUAAAGGGCAAAACUUCACAGGAGCAAAAACGGAAUCCGGAAUAA